AUGGGCUUCCACUUCCCCACCCUCACGAAGAAGCAUAGGCUGAGUGUUACCAUCGGCAUAUCGUUCAGCUUCUUCCUCCUGGAGCUGAUAUUUGGCAUCAGGACCGGCUCACUGGCACUCAUCGCCGAUGCCUUUCAUUAUCUGAACGACCUCGUUGGAUUUGCCGUCGCGUUGGGUGCUAUCAUGAUCUCGGAACGCAGCACAACACCAAAGGCGUUUUCUUUCGGAUGGCAACGUGGUCAGCUCCUUGGUGGUUUCUUCAACGGUGUCUUCCUUUUGGCCCUUGGUAUCAGCAUCUUUCUCCAGUCUAUUGAGCGUUUCGUUGAUCUGAAGGAGGUCGAGGACCCGAUGACCGUCUUGAUCUUGGGCAGCGUUGGACUGUUCCUGAACAUUAUUUCCCUGCUGUUCCUUCAUGACCAUGAUCAUGGCCACGGUCAUGGCCACAGCCACAGUCAUAGCCACGACCAUACCCACGCUCAUGACGAUGAACGCCUACCGGAAGGUACGGGUGUCGCACCCCACGACCAUCAUCAUGGCAGCGAUGAUUCCGACGAACAAUCAGUCGAACGCCAUACCGAGCACCGUCACGCCACCGUUGACCUCAAAGGACCCGGCUACGAUCUCGGUAUGCUCGGCGUCGUCCUCCACGUCAUCGGUGAUGCCAUCAACAAUAUCGGCGUCAUGAUUGCCGCUCUGGUCAUCUGGAAGUCCAAGGACGAGGCCCGAUUCUACGCCGACCCCGCAGUGAGCUUGUUCAUCGCCAUUAUGAUCUUCGCAUCGGCAUUCCCUCUGGUCAAAAACUCCGGUUCCAUCCUACUCCAAACUGCUCCCUUGGGCGUCAACAUGGAUGAUAUCCGACAUGAUCUCGAGAAGAUUCCCGGCAUCGAAUCCAUCCACGAACUCCAUGUGUGGCGCCUCAAUGAGCGCAAGGCCAUCGCCUCAGUCCACGUCGUUGUCUCUGAUGAAAGCGUCCCUAGCUUUAUCAUGACCGCCAGGCACAUCAACGAGUGUCUCCAUGCUUACGGCAUUCACUCUGCUACUCUGCAACCCGAGCUCUCGAGCGCAAGCCAACCCACGCCGCCCGUGGUUCCUGAUCAAUCCCUAGACACGCAAGAUGGAGCCAUUUCAUCGGCCGUAGAGACGAGGGUUAGCAUUGAGGACAAAGAGGGAAAGAGCAAGGUGGUACAGAGGGCAUCUUCGAUAAAGGAGUGCCAGCUUAUUUGCACGAAGCUUUGCGAAGGCGAUCAAGCCCGCAACUCCGGCCACGCCGCCAUAACGCCGGGCCCUGAUAAGCAAUGCUCUACCCAAGCUCUUAUCCGCGAAGGAACAGGCAAUGCAGCGCCGUUUAAGGCAGCUUCUGGUCCGAAGCAACGCCUUGUCUCGCAAAAAAAUAGCCGCAACAGGCUAUCCCCUCAACAGGCCGUCGAGUUCAGCCCAACUCCUCUCCAGGAAACCACAUCAGGCACCGGAGUUAAACAAGUCAUGGGGUUUCUUCCCAAAACUGCUUCGUGUGUAGUGGACACUAUGCACUAG